AUGCGGUUCUUGAGCGUGUCGGGCUUUGGAAAUCGGCGCAGCGCCAAGCCUGUUCCUGACGCUCAGUCUCACCCGCAUGGUUGGCUCACUGGCAUGUCUCAAAGCCUCAUUCCUCGACCAUGCGGCAGCGCCUGCCAUGUUUCAACGACGCAUCGGUCCCACGUGGAUGAGCAACCGAAGCCCACACAGCUUGCUGUCACUCUACGAGAGUUAUCUGUGCCAUGCCUCAGCAACCCCCGGCAACGUGAGGGACCACGACACGAAUCCAAAAACUAUGCCGACAUGAUGCCUUCGCGCCCUGCCGACUGCCGAACAUUGGACGAUGUUGACAUUGACGUUACUGUUACGCUGUCGGAGAGCCGAGCCUUGAAGACAUUGGAUCCGACUGCCGCCAACCUCGUCUCUGAACUUUUGCCCGGCCGUUUCAUUCCGCUGUCUACUGCAGAAAGAGUCGUCAGAUUCUAG